CGGGUCCAAAAACUGGGAUGUUUUCACUCCCUGCCUCCCUCUUCGGCGCAGUCCACCCAUCUUUGCAUUGGAGCCAUGGGUGUCACUGACCUGUGGACUGUGGUUAAACCGUGCGCCCGCCCUAUCAAACUCGAAACCCUGAACAAGAAGCGGCUCGCAGUUGAUGCGUCAAUAUGGAUAUAUCAGUUCCUAAAGGCGGUACGCGAUAAAGAGGGUAAUGCCCUUAGAAAUGCCCAUGUUGUCGGGUUUUUCAGACGAAUAUGCAAACUUCUCUACUUUGGGAUCAAACCCGUUUUUGUGUUCGAUGGCGGCGCUCCGGCUUUGAAGCGUCAAACAAUAGCUUCUAGAAAGAAACGAAGAGAAGGACGGAGAGAAGAUGCUGCAAAGACUGCUACCAAGCUGCUGGCUGUGCAGUUGCAAAGAAAGGCCGAGGAGGAAGGACUCAAAAGAAAACAGCAACACUCUCGUGAGGAUGAAGAAGAAAUUCCUUUACCAGAAAACUUGGUGUAUGUAGAAGAAGCUCUUAUGACUCCGAAGGAGAGGCAGAAAAACCGCCAAUUUCGCAAGAAAGAUGCGUACCACCUCCCGGAAUUAGACGUUUCUCUCGAGGAAAUGGGCGCUCCAAACGACCCCAGAAUUAUGUCCCAUGAAGAACUAGAAGAGUAUGCGCGGCAGUUUCACUCUGGAGAAAACAUAAAUCUUUACGACUUCUCCAACAUUGAUUUCGAUAGCCUUUUUUUCCUAAGUUUGCCCGCAAGCGAUCGUUAUAAUAUUCUAAAUGCCGCGAGGUUAAGGAGCAGGCUAAGAAUGGGCUAUUCGAAAGAACAAUUAGAUACCAUGUUUCCAGACCGCAUGGCCUUCUCAAGAUUCCAAAUCGAGCGCGUUAAGGAACGUAAUGAUUUGACUCAGAGGCUAAUGCACAUUAACGGGAUGAAUGGCGAUGAUCCGAUAUACGGAUCAAGUUCACGGAUCGCCGGCGAGAAGAAUAAAGAAUACAUUCUCGUUAAAGAUCCUGGGGUUGAAGGUGGAUGGGCUCUGGGGGUUCUGGGAAACCGAGAGGGCGAGCACCAGAACAAACCGAUUGAUCUUGAUGAGGAUGACAAGCAAUUUAUACCGGAAGUCCAAGAUGAUUCGGAUGAAGACGUUGAAUUUGAAGAUGUUCCUCCUCCUGAGCUCAAUUCCGUGCCCGAUCUUCCGAUCUUUGAGCGGGGUAUUUUUGAUGAAUCUUUACGUCAAAAUGAAUUGGAGAUCGCACGGAAAAGGCAGCAACUUUACGACUCUCGUCGACAAGCAGCAGCAGGGUUUGCCCCUCAGAGUCCGGCAAAUACUGGAGUUGAUGACAAUGAUGACCUGUUCGUUCCUAAUCUGCCACGCGCUUCUGCUGCAGCAGUCGAUCAGCUGUUUGAGGAUGAUGAUGAUGCUGAGAAUCUCCGUCGUGCAAUUCAGAUGUCGCUGGAAGUACCCAAGGACGAAGAUGUAUCUGAAGAUGACACUGUUAUGGACGCUCUACCCAAAGGAAAGUUGGUGGAAUCUCAACCCGAGGUCCCGGCCCCUGAGACUGCGAACCUACCUGAUGCAGAUGGUGACGAUAUGGAUCUAUUUGCUGCCAUAGCUAAGUCGAAAUCCACCAAACACAGCUCCACUGUCCAGCCCCUGGACCGACCUUUUGGCGGGCCACUUCCGUUUAAGCCAUUUAAGGUUACUAGGAUCACUAAAACUGGGUCGUCCCGGCUAGACCCAGUUGAUGAGACAGCCGGUGGCUUUGAGCGGCUGCCGGAAACUAAAAAGACAGCAAAACCCCAGUCUUUACCGCCUUGGUUUGCAGGAAAUACCACCAAGCAGGAAUUUAUCAGGCAGGAGAUGGACGAUCAAUACUCCGGCGAGAAUCGGUAUCGACAAGCUGCUGAGUAUCCAAGAAUCUUGGGCAAUCGAGAGAUUGUGGAAACAAUUGAUUUGGAUAAGGACGAGAUGGAAGCGUCCCCUAAACCUAGGCCAAUUGGCCCUGAAUUGGCCCCUGAAUGUGAAGCUAUCUCCAAUAACAAGGUCAAAAAGCCGCCUUUUUCAGUCAUACCGGACAAGCAAAUGGAUGUUGAGGGCAUAGCGCCGGCAAUUGUGCAAACAGAGCUCACAUCGCAUGCAUCAACACCAAAUGAUACAGGUAUCGCUCAAGCUACCGAGGAGAAGUCACCAACCCCGGAAUUCGAAGACGUAAACGUUCCUGGGGUUACAAAACCACCCGAUGUGCCAGCCAACGCUGACCUUGGCCAGAAUUCAAUAAUCCCCCUCGAGGUAUCAGAAGAUAUCCCUGAGAUGGAUUUUGAAAAUGAAUAUUCCGAUCCCGAAGAUGUUGAAUUAAUGCAUCAACUUGCCGCCGAGACGGAAGAGCAUGCAAGAUUCGCUUCUACAUUAAAUUUCAAGAGUCAAGCUGAAAACGCCCAUGACUACGAACGCGAAUUAAAGCAGCUACGUGCUCAGCAGAAGAAGGACAGGCGGGAUGCGGACGAAGUAUCGCAGAUCAUGGUUGCUGAAUGUCAGCAGCUUCUUAAGUUGUUUGGGCUCCCUUAUGUCACGGCUCCAAUGGAAGCAGAAGCCCAAUGUGCAGAACUGGUAUCCUUGGGCCUCGUUGAUGGCAUUGUGACUGACGAUAGUGAUAUAUUCCUAUUUGGAGGUACAAGGAUAUAUAAAAACAUGUUUAAUCAAGCAAAAUUUGUGGAAUGCUACCUUGCAAGCGACCUGGAGAAGGAGUACUCCCUCGAUCGCAAAAAGCUUAUUAGCUUCGCACACCUCCUGGGGAGCGACUACACGGAAGGUAUCCCUGGAAUUGGUCCGGUCACGGCGCUGGAAAUACUUACGGAAUUCCCUGGUCUUGAAGAGUUCAGAGACUGGUGGUCUAAGGUUCAAAUGGGCGUUACAAUAUCAGAUGACACUCAUUCUAAAUUCCGGAAAAAAUUCAAGAAGAAUGCCGCGAAACUGUUUCUACCGCCGGCAUUCCCGGAUAAACGUGUCGACAUCGCUUACUUGGAACCCGAAGUAGACCCGGAUCCUUCAGCGUUCCAGUGGGGAGUCCCGGAUUUAGAGGCUCUUCGUCAGUUUCUGAUGUCUACCGUUGGGUGGUCCCCCGAAAGGACUGACGAAGUCCUCGUCCCAGUUAUCCGGGAUGUGAAUCGAAGGGAAUUGGAGGGCACUCAGGCCAACAUUACUCAAUUUUUCGAUGGGCCUCAAGGAGCCGGUGCCUUUGCUCCACGGCGCCGGGCAGGUGGACAGAGUCGCAUGGAGAAGGCAUUUACGAGGUUGAGGCACGAGGCUGCAGCCAAGCAGCAAAUCGGUAAUCCUGGCGAAGAGCCAGCUACUCCCGCCGAAGCCCAAUCCGGAGAGGCGGAAGCUCGUUCCAUGGCACAGGCAGCAAAGAAGAGGCAACGGAAGGGUCGAACUCCGGUUGCGCUGGAGGACGAGCCCAACAAGGUCCAGAGAAAGGGCCAGAAAAGGAGAAAAAUAACUGAAUGACUGACGAAUAUUUUGGAUUUUGAGUUAUGUGACACGAGGCGUUUCCGGGAUAUGGUUAGGCCACGAGCUGGCGCGAGAGAUAAGCCUGGUUUGAGGGAGUGUUUAUAGAGUCUAACAUGGUCAUUAUUGGUUCGUUCGUCCUUUUUUGGCACGAACAGACCGGUAUAUAGCAAGUUUA